AUGGGCCAAUUCCUUCUGGGAAUCAAGAACAAACCCGAGUCAAUUGCUGAUGAUGAUCUUCUAACCCUGAUCAACGUAAUCUGCGUCCAUUCACACGAGGAAGAGCCACCGCUAUCACGAAAAGUAGCGUUGAUCUGGAUGCAAGAAAUCGCCAAGUUGUACAACACAAAGCUGCUCCCACAAUUGGCCGUAUGCUUGGUGGCAAUAUUGCCGGCGUUGGCGGAAGAUGCGUUAAAUGCUAAAAUCGUGAAUACCACGCUGCUUGGAAUUAUUGAACCCGAUGUGGAUAUGAAUAUGGAGGAUCUGGUCCAACUCUUCUCGCAUAUGGAAUUGAUCUUUCCACAACUGCUAAAUUCGCUGUCGGAUACCAGCGAUGAAGUGUUGCUGCUUGAUCUACACUUGAUAUCCGAUCUUUGCGCUCACAAACAAGAUUCCGCAACAGAACUCGGCAGCCUCGAUCCGAAGACCAAAGAGCAGCUAGCAAACCACUCGAGUCUACUCGUCAAGUUCGCUAUUUCGCUGAUUGCCAUGUUUCGUGCGGACCGCCAAUUGUUGAGCGAUAGGGGUGUACUAAUUAUAAGACAAUUGUGCUUGUUGAUCGAGCCGACUCACAUCUACAGAUGCCUCUGUGUGUUACUCAUGGCCGAAUCGGGCGUAGCGUUUGUACAAAGUGUGGUAUCGGUGCUUCAUUCUGUCCUAAUGACGUCUACGGAGCUGUUUUUGAUGCGCGAUCAAUUGCGGAAAAUGCCGGAUGAGUACACUCAUGCCGCAGAGCUCGUGCAUUAUUUGUCGGAGGUAGACAUCACCGUCGAUAUUUUGAUGGAAGUUGAUAAGCUUGUCAAUUUGAUCGAGAGCCCGAUAUUGGCUUUCGUUCGUAUGGAUCUACUACGAGCCUGUCAUCGGGAGCCUCUCUGCGAUGUGCUAACAGCUUUGUUGAUGUUGCUGCCCCAGACGGAGGCCUUCAAUACCCUACACAAGCGCAUCCAAGCCAUCCCCUCGUUUAGUACUUUCAAGAAAGACGCUCCACCAGCCGACAAAUUCAACCUGGACUUGUCUGCUUUGAAGAAUCUCUACAUUGAUUCACUGCAGAAGCAACAAAAAGAGGUCCGUGAGCGUCAUCGCUCCCUACUCAUCAGGAGCGCUCUAGGCGAAAAAGUCCAGCUU